CGCGCGUGCACGGCUCAGCUGAUCGCGGCCGGGCGCUAUAAGGGACCGGCUAGGAGCGGGCGCGUUACGGGCGCAGCUGACCAUGGCCGCGGUGGAUCUCGCCAAGGUGGGAGCCCACGCGCUAAAGCACGCAGUGAGUGGGCAGGUGGUGGAGCUGCGGGCUCUGUGGCGGGACCAGCCAUGUGUGGUGCUCUUCCUGCGGCGGUUUGGCUGCCAGGUUUGCCGCUGGAUUGCCAAGGAGACCAGCAAACUGAAAGAUCUGCUGGACAGUCACAACGUCCGCCUGAUCGGAGUCGGGCCGGAGAGCGUAGGCCUGCAGGAGUUCAUCGAUGGGAACUACUUCAAAGGAGAACUCUAUCUUGAUGAGACUAAGCAGUGCUACAAUGACCUGGGGUUCAAAAGGUACAAUGCCUUGAGUAUAGUUCCUGCUGCUCUGGGGAAACCAGUUCGAGAAGUUGUCACAAAGGCAAAUGCAGACGGCAUCCAAGGCAACUUCAGCGGUGACCUCUUGCAGAGUGGAGGAACAAUAAUAGUCAGUCAAGGUGGAGAGAAAUUGCUCCUGCACUUUAUACAGGAUUCACCUGGUGACUAUGUUCCCUUGGAAACCAUCAUCAAAACCCUUGGUAUCUCAGCAAGUGUUAAAGAGGGUGUGAAACCUCAGUGCGAUGAAGAGGCCUGUACCAGAUGAUGGCGAGGAGCAGGGAGCAAUUUCUUUAAGCAAGAAAGAAGCCAAUGUGGUGACAUCCUCUGUUCUACCACAUCAUAGCUGCUGUAAUCUCACCCCAUUGUAUCUAUUCAGUGAUUUGGCCAUUAUACAAAAGUAUGAAGUGUGAGUAAAUGCCCUCAAGCGAAGUGCUGUGUCAGACUGUCUUGGAUGAGCAUAACAAAGCUUUCCCUGUUGCUCAACAUUGUAACCAAUAGCAGCUAGUUUGGUGGCUUUCCCAUUGGAUCAUUUUGAUCAGGUGACCAGUAGGUGUGAACAAGAGUAUCGUCUGAAGAUUUUGAGACAAGGAGAGCCUCUCUUGCUUCAUGGCCAGUGCUAAUAGUUUGUAGACUUCCCCUAUUAGCUUUCUUCCCUGGUUAGAAGUCCUUUCCACCCACGUUACUCUUGUCCUGCUCUGCAGAAACACUUCGUUAGCAAAUGGUGGUGGUGGCUUAACUUUAUCCAUCUGUUAACACUUCACCCUUCUUAAAAGCAUUAAAACAGAAGAGCCUCACAGAUGACUGCGGGCAGAGUGCCUGAACACACUUCUAAAGCUUGACCAGUGUCAGCUUGGUCAGAGGGCAGCUUAACUCUGCUUCUUAGCUGAAGUAGGCUGUUGAAUACAUACGCUGGGGUGCAACAGCAGGUGGAGAUCAUGCUGCUGCCUGCACCCAGAGCACAGCAUGCUCUUUCAUCUAAUAAAAGAGCCAAGACUAUGUACUCUUUCUAUCUGAGGCUGGUGUCCAAAUAGACUCUUUACUGUAGCUUCAACCUAAGCUACAGUAAAAGUGGACUCAAGAUUUUUUUCCUUGGUGCAGAGAAAUAGAUUUUGUAGGUAAAUAUUUAACAGGCACCACAUGCCAUUCAAAAGACUGAGGAAAGCCCAGCAGCCCUAUCUACCUUCCAUGUCCCUACCUAUCACUCACAGUCUUCCUAAUGAUGACACUUUAACACUAGCCCUGAAUAAUCCUUAUGUCCCAGGAAAACUCCUGGAUAUGAGCCUCUAUGGUCAUCAAAUCCAGGCUCUGAGGAGCAAAGAAUGCCAGAUCCUAGAGAAAGCACUGAUGCCUACCUCCUCCUAAAGCCAGCAUGCAUUAGCUGACGAGCUUGGAGCAAGGUCAGCUAGGUGCAUUUAAAGAGCCAUAUUCUAACUGCAGACACACCCAAGAGUAGGCAUCUCAUGCUGAUGAUGGAGUUUAACCUUCAACUGUCC